AUGGCGUCGCGAGCGAUCGCGAUCGCGCUCAGCCCGCGGUGUGGGGUGACGUGUGGGAGUUUAAGCGCGCUCGGGGUGGUCGUUUGCGGCGUCGUCGCGCGCUUAUUCGCGCGGGAGUACCCACACUUGGGGAACGAAUGGCGAGGGGAAGGAAUGACGCACGCAAAGGCGUCGAGCGCGUGCGCGGGGGCGGCGGCGGCGUACGGGGUCUUCUUGGGAUUGUCUUUGAUGAACCUGUGGAUGAAUAAAGCGCGGGGGCGGACGUAG